UUCGUCACAAGACUGCUGUGUUUGCCAUAGAAGUAGCAACAUAUGGACUGCAGUGGAUGUGAAAUACAAAGUGCAGUGACCAGAAACGGCGUAAAUAAUCAGAAAAUGUCGUAUUGAGUCCGGCGGAGACCGAAGAUGGCGUCGCUCUCGGACUUGGGACUUCGACCUAAACCGCCUGCAAGGUCCUUCGCGUGACUCAGGAUGAGUGGAGACGGAGGGGAGGAGGACCAAGUGGCAAAAGUGGAGGCUUCUGCUCCUAUCUCCACCAUUACCACAACAACUGCUACAACUACUGUGACAAACAAUACCUCCACCACCACGACAAUACAACCAACUGCAGAACCUGUGGCCUCAUCAUCAUCCUCUGCAUCAGCUGUGAAUGCCAUUGUAACUCCAACCAUCACCACUGCAGCAUGUGCAGCAACCCCAUCAGCAACAUGGACUUCCCCAACAGUAGCAGUUGCAGCCGAAGAUGGGGCAGAGGAAGAAGAAGGCGAAGAAGAAGGCAGCACAGCAGAUGAGCCCAGCAGCUCCCCAGAACGUGUCCUCAUCACAGCAGAACAGCUAGCGGUGCUCACCAGGGAGGAGAUGGUAGAGAAAUGGGUGCAGCAAGAGAAGUUCAUUGAUAGUUUACAGGCCAAAGUGGAUGUGCUUGAAAGAGAAGUGGAAGAAUUGCGUGGUGUGCGGGAGAAUGAGGAGAGACUGAAAGGACAACUGGCAGAGAUUCAGCGGAAAGAGCAGUAUCACAUAAUGAGGCUUUCCAGUAAGGAGCAUGAAUUGCAGGACAUGGGAGCCCAGAUCCAGGAGCUGAAAAGCAUGUCGGCUGGCAUGAGUGGCCUGAAGCACUGUCUACUAGAUCCAGCUGUCAACUUGCUGUUUGAGCGGCUUAAGCGGGACCUUGACACAGCACGCACCAAGAUGGAGGAGACCCAGAAUGAACUCUCGGCAUGGAAAUUCACUCCCGAUAGGUGUGCCCCCCGUGCUUAGUUUAUUCGGCCGCACUCGCCUGCUCCCAAUAUCUUACUCUGGCAGCUAUCAUAAAAACAGUGACUGUUUUAUCGAUAAUGGGGCUGAGCAUUCCCUAGUAUCAGGCUCAUAAUUACUUGUAUUAUAAAAACAAAAAGUUUACGGUGACUUUCCCUGGUUAAGGAGUUCCGUUCUCCACAUGUCAGAUGUUAGCGAUUUUCAGAAACUGACUGUUGAUUGGUGAAGCAGCCACAUAUAAAAAUAAAAACGAUUGUAGUGACCAUUCCAUUUGUGCUGCAACCACCUGUUUGUGCCCCUUUAUAUGUGUUAAGGGAUUCAAGCAAUAUUCUUUCAUUGACUUCCACCUCCAAGUGAGUCUCAUUCCUGGUUCAGUUAGUCACCGUAACCGUUUAAUAUCAAGUGACUUUUUGCUCAACGAAGAUAUAGUCAUUAAAGCCCAGUCGUAAAAGUGACUGUAGCCAUCUUUUUGGAACGAUAUAAAAGACCAUUGGCUCUAUAAUACCCAAAUUGGCCAUUGUAUGUGCAUUGGAAAAUCUAUUGUGGGCUAUGACUAUGGUUAUUGAUAAAAGAAAAUCAAAAUAGAUGUAUGGGCAUUAGAAACUUAUUUGGGUGGUAGACAAUCAGACAGUUUUUCGUGGCUGAUGCCUGCCGUCUGUGUUGUUGGAAGAAGGAGAACUGUGGGUGAUUGACGUUGGAGAUGACCCUGACAAUAGACAUUCCCUUGAACUUUUGUUAUAAAUGCAGAGACUUAGUAGUUUUCUUCAUUUCAAGACAAAGUUAAAACGUCUUAUCAUCUUCCUUUGAAAAGUAAGUGGAAGGUAUUUGAACUUCUUGUUCUACAUCUCUUAGAUAGUAAUUCUCUGAUGGGGCCUUUGGGUUUCUUAUAAACUCAUGUUACUUUAAUGAUAACCAAGAAAUAGAAAUGAAUGAAAUGAUGUUCCUUUCAUUUUUAAUGUCAGUGGUCUCUAGAAUUGAUUAUAUAUGCUCUUAUAUAUCUAUAUAUCUCUCUCUCUCUAUAUAUAUAUAUAUAAUUCCUCACCUUUAAGAAUAUAAUUGUAGGUCAAAGCUGCUGUGGUGUGGUUGAUUAUCAUUAUAAAGCAGUCAAUGUUACCAUUUUAUCUCAUGAAAGCUUGCCAGAAUCCUUACAUCUGUAGAAACCAUUUAUAAUGGUUAGUCAUUUACCAGAAAAGUAUGAUUUUAAGAAGAAAAAAGAUUUUGGGUAAAUUGGCUGAUUAGGAAAGGAGUGUGCAGGCUAUUGUUGAGUAUAUGGGGAUCUCAAAAAUAUUAAAAUUCAUUUGUCAAUAUUCACUUUUUAAAUUUGCUUAGCUUCUUUAGAUUUUCUUUAUGUGAUGAAGGGGUUUGUAGCUAAAGAUCAACUAGAAGAUAUCUGGGGAGAUUUUUUAUUCAAUGAUGAUAUGAUGUAUAAAGCAGAACGGUUUAAUUUUUUUGUUUUAUUUUUAAUGAUAUUUAUCUGUUACAGGAUAAUCGUCAGUAUAUAUUUUAGAGUUUAUAUUUCUGUGUUGUAGUUUUCUUCUUAUUGAGUGUUAUAUGUUCUUACAUUUAUGACUUAUGUAAAACAAGAGAGGUGAAUAAUACCUUUGAAUGUGUAUUAGUCAUUGAUAUAUACUCAUGUAUUCUAUGCAUGUCUUGACACGUACAUCCAAGAAGCUUCCUUUCUCAGACCAUCAUAACUUUUAAACAUUGAAUAUGAUGUUUAUAUAUUCAGCUGAUAUGUGCCAAGGCCUAUGCUGAUGGAUAAUCAAAAGUGUAGGAUAUGUAUAUAAGGACGCUUACAUCUAUUUGUGGGAAGAUUUAUUUGAUUUGUUUCUCUAGUCCAAAAAUAGUGAGGGCAUACAAAUGUGAAUUUAAAGCACAUGAGGAUAAACUUAAUUGGCUAGAUUAUUAUUGUUAUUAUUGUUAUCA